AUCAAAAGCAUUACAUUUAUUUUGUAUAAUAUUAUGUAGGUAUACUCAAUUAUAUAUUCUUAAAUUGAAAACCAGUGUUGUAUGUAUAAUUUACUGAUCACAGAAUGUCUCAAUGAACAGUUCUCCUGCAUUGUCUAGCUUCUACAACCAGCCUGUGAGAAGGACGAAUAACUACAGCCAGUGCGUCCUAUUAUCCGCUGCAUCUAGAUGUUGCAGGGAAACCAUACCUUUAUAUUCUAGAUACUUAGUGUACCUUAAAAUGCCUUGGUUUCAUAGUGGCACUGUGACAGUAAUGCUACAGCUUAUUGAUGUAUAAAUUGAUAUACAACAUUAUUACAUAAUGAGUGCACUAUUGUCUAGUGUCUACAUCAAAGGAAUAUUGUCUGAAGUACAAAUUAAUAUUAACAUUAUACAGCCAAUAUACCUACUUAAGUAAUUAUACUAUAUUACUAUACUAUAAGUAUAUUAUAAUUAUAAAGGUUAAUGGCUAUACAGUAAACAGUAUGCUCAAUAAUAUAGGUAAUUCAUGAGUUCCUAUUAUACAAUGUUUUCUUAAAUCAUUUUACUCUCAAUCUGAAAAAGAGUUUAAAAAUAUACUGUAGAAAUUCGGGAAUCGCCUUAAAUUACUUUUUUAGUUAAUUGUUUAUAAAUGUAUAAUAGUUAAAUAAAACUGUGAAAUAUUGUUCAAUUGUGUUGCAUAGGUACGAAAUUUUUCUGUUUCAAUAAGAACAAAAAUAGUCGUGACCUAGAUCCAAAUUGAAAUGGUUUGAGCUAAAUAUUUAAUAGAAAAAAAAUAGUGGUCAAGGACAUGAGAAAAAAGCGGCACUAUUCGUAUAAAAAUUUUGUUAGACAGUGGAGGGGGUGGAUGUUGUCUUUUUAAGAAAUACUAAUACAUGUCUUAAGAAAUAAAAAUAUAUGUUGUGUGUGCUGUGUACCACAGUCUGUUAUUCUGUGUGUACUAUAAACAAUGGGAUAAGUGAUAACAGAUAACAACUGAUUCUGUUUGUAAUAAUACAAAAUUACAAAAUAGUGAUGAGUAGUGUAAAUAAUUGUAAUGCUAUAAGUUAUUACUUAUUAUUAUAGACACAAAUGCACAAUAUUUAACAAAAACAAUAUUAGUUUAUAGUUAUGAUAUUUCGAUCUACAAUCGUCACUUCUCAGUUGACGCUGUAAUAGUGUAAUACUUCUGUAGUGCGUAGUAGUGACUCAGUAGUCGGUUGCAGUCAGCAUUAUUUUUUACCCCCGUUGAUGUCUAUUGUCCAUUGUCUAUUGUGUAGUAAUAUAAUAUAAUAUUAUGUUUUUAUCAUGUCAUAGGGAUUUUUCGUGUUCAAAAUAUUAUUACAAUUAAUGCAAACCAAAACUCGCAUUGUUAUUGACACGAUUAAAUUAAUUUAAUUGUAAUAGUUACCUAGUGGCCACUGGCUUGUGUUAAUUGAUAAUUGAGCCUCAGAACCAUAAGACAUUUUUAGGAAAUCACAACUGAAUAAACGAUUCCUAUACUUUUGCUCAUCUGAUCAAUACAUUUGGAUUCCUUUGGCCAUUUUGACAAUGAAUAAAACUCGAACGAUAUUCAUUUUGGAUGCUGGGGCGUUGUUUACCCUCCAGAUAUUGCAAUUCUUCAGUCUGGACUAUUAUGUCAUGGUUGUGUUCCAGGACACAUGGUACUCCAGAUAUCCAAACACACUGUUCCUGGUGCUCAACAUAGUGUUGACAUUGCUGUUCUACCAUACUUUCCUCAACUGUUACCGAGAAUACAAAUAUGAACGUAGUAAGAAGACAGGAGAUCUAGUUGAAUGCAAAGCCAAGUAUCCCGUGUACCUAAACUGCAUCACCUGGGCAACAUAUGUGACCGUGUUGUUCAGCAAGAUCAUGAUGAUUUUCUCUAACAAUGUUGUCUCGUUGGUUUCCAAUGAUGAUUUCAUGGGACCACAAAUGCUCAAGUUACUCAUUGGCGUUUCUGGCAUUGUAUUUUAUCUGUUGAUAAGUGCUGAAUGUUUUGGACGGCAAGUAGAUCGUGAAAAAUGGCCAACAAAUGCAUGUAUUAUCGAGAUUUUUGAUUCUGUUGAAAUAUUAUCUAUAAUCAUAGCAUCAGACGUUAAAAUUGGGUACUUAGAGUAUUUGAUCUACAUUACAGCCUUUUUAAACUUUAUGUUACCAUUAUGGGUGCUGUAUAAUGUAUCUCAACCUGACAUUGAUACCAAGCCAAUGGGACUUCCGCAACCAGUAUGUUAUAAUUUUAUGCAUUUAAUGUUAGUUCAAAUGCCUUUUUUGGGUAUACGGAUGUAUAUGUGGAUUGUAUUCAAUCAAAAUGCCUCAGUAUUCAUUAUGAAAAAUCUGUUACACUUAUUAUUCUUUUUGCAUUCACUAUACCCAUACAUUAAAGACAUUUCUAAGAAAAACCAAUACAGCCCAGAAACUCGUCAUGAUGAUGUGCCUGAAAUUCUUUUAACUAAUCGUAAGGAUGAUGAACCUAUUGAGUUGCUUUAAAUGAUUAUUGCUUUUAACAUGUUAAUAUAAUAAUAUGGCCAACUAUCCACACAAAGGGGAUUUAUUUUUAAGUUAUAAAUUAUAAUUUAUAACUUAUUAUUAAAAAAUGUG